UGUGCAUCGUGCCAUGUCCGGGGAUAUCUGGACUUAAGAGCUGAGUUGGGAUGAUAACGGAAAUGGUACCCGCCGUAGCAAUCAACGACCCUUAAGAUCAGCGUUUUACCCUCCUGAAUUUGUAACCUUACUCUGCGUCCGUCCUGCCAAGCUCGAAGUCUAUCGCGGCAUCUAAUUUUCCCAGUCGUAGCGCCUCGCUAGGCGUCUGAUCAUCGACAAUGGAGUCGCCAAUGCAUAUCUAUCGUCGUGAGGCACUAGCCGCUCCGGCUGAUCGCUCAGAGAUGGUCCUGCAAAGUAUUGUUAUCCUGGUCGUGUCGAUUCUUUCCAUCCUUGGAGCUGGUUGGAUCAUCGUUAGUUUUUGUGUCUUCAAAAGUCUCCGGUCAUUCCGCCAUCAACUCAUUCUUGGACUCGCCGCCAGUGACUUUCUCAUGGCUCUCAACUUUCUCUCAUCGACUGCCAUGAACAUCAACGGCAACGAGAUCGGCGCCCCAGAACACCAAACAUUCUGCAGUUUCAACGGCUUCAUGACCCAAGUCUUUGUCAUACAGACCGAUUAUUGGGUUUUGACUAUUGCGCUGUGUACCUACGUCAUUUUAGCAGGCUACAAAUCCUUAUCGUCGUGGGUCCAAGAUCAACGCAUCUUCCUUUCGUGUCUACCAUGGGCACUCAGUUUGCUAUGGGCUGGUCUUGGACUGAAACUGGCGGGGUAUGGUGAUAUUGGAGCUUGGUGCUGGUUCACUUCUGAUGAAGUCCGCCUGCUCGCCAACUUCGUCCCGCGGUGGGUAAUCAUCAUCACCAUCCUCUCCAUGUACGCUCGCCUGUACUUUAUUCUUCGAAAAUCGCACAAGAGCUUCAUCUCACUUGGGAACUCAAACUCGGCAUCGGAGCCUUCUAGAGAAAGGACUAUUACGCGGUCGAAUCAUGAUGUCUGGCGGUAUCACGAGUCAGAUGCCGCUGGUCGUCGAAGACUGCAAAGGAUUGCACGAUUGAUGAUUAUGUAUCCUGUUGUGUAUAUGCUGGUCUGGACACUGCCUACUGCUAUUCGGCUAUACCAGACUAUCAAGCAUACUCCAGCUCCAUUUGCGUUGCAGACGGUUGACAAGGCCUGCAUUGUGUCACAAGGUCUCGUCGACGCGAUAAUCUACGGUGUCAAUGAAUCUUCACUCAGUCGAUGGCGCGAACUCCUCUUCGCGUCCAGCGAUAAAGACGUUACAGAGACCGUUACAGCCAGGAACAUGGAUACUAGAGUAUCAACGCGCGUGCACUCGAAUGCAGCCGUUAUGUCUUCCGCGUCUAGUAGCAAAGUCAUAAUCACAACGUCCAUUGAGCAGGAGACAAGCAGUCUUGAUAAAGACGAUGGACUGGAGCUCACAGAAAUGAGGCCGGUUUUUAGACCAAACUCAGGCUCAAGAUAGAAGUGGUAUUAUGGAUAGAUAGAUAAUUAGUGGCUUAGAUAUGUAUUAUAGAUUAAUGGCACGCGCGAUGACCUCUUCUACCAAUUUGACCUUUUCUCACGCAGGAGGCUGGUCUUUGGUACGUACCUCUGGCUCGCAUUUUGUUAUCUUCUUUUGUUUGUCC